GGCAAUGCAGAUUUAGUCUCAUCCUCCUCCUUACUCUCUAGCUAGCUAUCUCUCCCUCGCACUUUGCACAAAUAUUUAUCAUCAAAGUUGACUCCUUGGGUGUGGAUAAUGGGGAGGCAACCUUGCUGUGACAAAGUUGGUUUGAAGAAGGGUCCAUGGACUGUUGAUGAAGAUCGGAAACUCGUAAACUUUAUGCUCACUAAUGGCCAGUACUCCUGUUGGAGAGCUGUUCCUAAACUAGCUGGGCUCCUGAGAUGUGGUAAGAGCUGCAGGUUGAGAUGGACAAACUACUUGAGACCAGAUUUGAAAAGGGGAAUGUUGUCAGAACACGAAGAAAACGUGGUGAUUGAUCUCCAUUCUCAACUUGGCAAUAGAUGGUCCAAGAUUGCUUCUCAUCUUCCUGGAAGAACCGAUAAUGAGAUUAAAAAUCACUGGAACACACACAUAAAGAAAAAAUUACGGAAAAGGGGGAUUGACCCUUUAACUCACAGGCCACUAACACCUCCAAUAGAAAAUUUUCAAGAACCAGAAAACCAUAACUCAUCUGAUGUGCAUCAAAAAAGACAAACCGAGAAAUUUAUUGAUCCACUCACUGUUCUACAGGAUGAGAUGCAAAGAAUAUUGGAAGCUCCAACUUUGGAAGUUAUAAACAAUGGAUUUUGCGCAGAUGAAGUGCCAUUGAUUGAACCCCAUGAGAUUCUUAUUUCUAAUUCUUCUGCGCCUUGUUGUUCCUCUUCUUCCUCCACUACCACAUCAAAUACAAACGUUAACAUUCUACUAGAAAAUUCAGAACUCUUGCCAACUAAUUCUGACUGGCUUAAUGGUGAUGAUAGCGCCACAAACAAUGUAGGAUUCUGGGACAUGGAUGAUGGCUUCAGCGAUUUGGAUUUCUUGUUUGAUGAUAUAUCCUGCUCAAGAUUUUUACCACUUCUCGAGUUUGGUAUUGAGUGAAGAAUCUUGGAAGAUUUAUCCUUUGCUAGGGGAUUAAAAAUUAUACUUGGGUCGUAUUAAUAUUUAUUGCAUAUGUUUAUAUGUAAUCUGUAUUUGUUAACGGGUCGAAAAUGAUUCAAGUGACUUAAAUAUAUAUUUAUCAUUAAUAUACCGGGGUUUAGGAAUUUAGGGUCGUUUGGUACACAGGGCGAGACCAGAUAUGAGUU